AGGCCCCCUGGACGUGGCGCCCCGCAGCUGACCUCCCCUCAGUUCCUCUUCAAAUGCUGUUCCAUCUCAGCGCCCUGUACUACGCCCUGUACUUCCUAGCCACGCUUCUGCUGAUCGUGUAUAAGAGCCAGGUUUUCAGCUAUCCCUGGAGCUGCCUGGCCCUUGAUCUGACACUGUUACUUCUGAUGGGGGUUCUGGAGGGAGCCCAUCUGUACCUGGGCACCAAGGGCAACCUGAUGCAGGCUGAGGUGCUGCUGGCCACCAGCCUGGCCCUCACAGUGGGAGGCAGCGUCCUCUCGGUCCACUUCAUGCUCUGGCAGACCCUGGUGCUGUGGGUGGACUCAGUCCUGAGCACUGCUCUCCUGGCCCUGCAAGGCCUGGAGGCCGCCCUGCUGGUGGUGACCACUGCUGCCUUCAUCAGGUAGAUGAGCCAGCUCAGCCCCCUCCACGGCUCCCGGGUGCUCAGCGGCCUCCGACCCACUUGAUCUAGACGGUUUGGUUUGGGUUUUGAUUUUAUUUUUUCAUGCCAGAAUUGAGGCCUGGACUCAGGGCGUGGUGCUCUACCACACGAGCCAGACCUCCACACCUGGCUUUGUAGAUGGUUUGGGGUGGCCUACAAAUCUUAGGUGGGGUAACCCUGUGAGUCCAGGGCAAAACAAACUGUUGAGACACGAAAGUGUUGAGAAUGGCGACUGUGGGGGAAAGGGGGAAGGGUAGCCUCAGGUCUGCCCACGCAGGUUCCCUGGCUGGAGGCCUGGCCUCAUCAGAGGGGCCCAGCGUGAGGCAGGCCUUUAAGGAGUGGCCUGCCAGCAGCUCUACCCUGUCACCACAGAGAAACAGCCCCCCCACCCUCAGCCAGCCCCCCCCCACGCCUGCGGCCCAUCCCCCACCUUGUGUUUUUCUCACACAGAAGUUCUUGGCAUGGCAGGUUUCCGCACCGGCCCCAGUUCGUGUUCUGAGAGCCCCAGUUC